AUGGACGCCCAAGCCUAUCUAAUGCGCCACGGCUGGUCCGGUCCCGGCAACCCCCUCAACCCAAACCAGCGCCCCGGACCGCACGGCGGCCUAGGCCUCACGAAGCCGAUCCUCGUCGCACGCAAAGCCAACAACCACGGCGUAGGCAAGAAGACCACCAAAGAUGCGACGAACCAGUGGUGGCUCCGCGGGUUCGAAGAUGCGCUCAAGGAUCUGGGCCAGGACAAACCGGUCGCGGCGCCGGGGAACGCGCUGACGAGUGAAUUAUACCGAUUCUUUGUUCGCGGGGAAGGCCUUGCGGGGACUAUGGAGGAUAACGAUGCUGCUGGCAGCGAUUCAAGGAGGAAGGAGAAGAAGGACAAGAAGGAGCAGGAGAAGUCAAAAUCCAAGCGCAAGCGUGAUGCGGAUGAUGAUGGCGAGCGCAAGGCGAAGAAGGAGAAGAAGGAAGAGAAGGCUGCGCGGAAGGAGGAGAAGCGCAGACGUCGGAAGCUCGAUGUCGAGUCUUCUGGUGAGUCCAGUGGACUGGAGAAGCCGAAAGAGAGCAAAGAGGAGCGUCGGUUACGACGGAAGCAAAAGAAGAAGGAGAAGAAGGAGAGGAAGUUGGCAAAAGAGGCUCGCAAAUCAGACGAAAACAGCCCGGGGGGAAUCAAGGAUCACACCAAGUCGAAGAAGUCGAAACGGGGUACACCGGAGGACGACUACCCCACGCCCAUGUCGACAGAACAAGAAACGGAUACCAUCGAGCUGAAGACCGAGGCGAAGAAGGAAAAAAAGAACAAGAAGUCACGGCGCCAAGAUGAGGAUGGUGACUCGAGGUCGAAAACGAAAGCUCAGAAGGAAAAGAAGGGAGAAAAGGGCACCAGCAAAGCCUGA